CCUGACGGAGCUACCCGGAAGUGACGCCGCUGCACGCAUGCGCGCUGACGCAGGGGCCGGGGCCCUGCCGAACCGGCCUGAAGGGAGGAGCGUCGCGUUCGCAGGCGGCGCAGCUGGAGCGGGGCUGAGACGCCGCCGCCGCCCGGGAGAGCCGGAAGAAAUGAGCCUAAAGUCUGAACGCAGAGGAAUUCACGUUGAUCAGUCAGAGCUACUGUGCAAGAAAGGAUGUGGUUACUAUGGAAACCCUGCUUGGCAGGGCUUCUGCUCCAAGUGCUGGAGAGAAGAGUACCAUAAGGCAAGGCAGAAACAGAUUCAGGAUGACUGGGAGCUGGCCGAGCGACUUCAGCGUGAGGAGGAAGAAGCCUAUGCUAGUAGUCAGAGUACACAAGGGGCACAGUCGCUCACCUUUUCCAAGUUUGAGGAAAAGAAAACCAAUGAAAAGACACGCAAGGUGACAACUGUGAAGAAAUUCUUCAGUGCGUCUUCCAGGACAGGAGCUAAGAAGGCUGCUCAAGAGAGAAACCUUAAGCAAGGACAGCUUGGGAGGGAGCGAAAUGCUGAUAACAUUCUCAGGGACUUGAAGGAGAUUUUUACUCCCUCCUGGGAGCUGGCUUCCCCUACUGAAGGUAACACAGCACAGCUUGGAGAGCUGUCUGCUUGUUCUAUGUUGGCUGGCAGACUGAGAGCGGAGAUUCAUGAAGCUAAGGCUCCUAGCCCUUCAAUAAACAGGCAGGUCAGCAUUGAGACAGAUCGAGCGUCCAAGGAGUUUAUAGAGUUUCUCAAGACCUAUCAUAAAUCUGGUCAAGAAAUUUAUAAGCAGUGCAAAAUGUUUUUGGAAGCAAUGCAUCACAAAAGGGAAUUAAGUAUUGAGGAACAAUCUGAAUGUGCCCAGGACUUCUAUCAAAACAUAGGAGAGAAAUUACAGACCCGUUCAAAAGUUUCCCCAGAAAAAGUUGAGAAAACAAUGGACCAGAUUGAAAAAUAUAUCAUGACUCGAUUGUAUAAAUAUGUGUUCUGCCCCGAAACAACUGAUGAUGAGAAGAAAGAUCUGGUUGUCCAAAAGAGAAUCAGGGCUUUACACUGGGUAACUCCACAAAUGCUGUGUGUUCCUGUUAAUGAAGAAAUUUCAGAAGUCUCCGAUAUGGUUGUGAAAGCAAUUACAGAUAUUAUCGAAAUGGAUUCAAAACGUGUCCCUCGUGAUAAAUUAGCAUGCAUCACCCAAUGCAGCAAACAUAUCUUCAACGCUAUAAAAAUCACAAAAAACGAACCAGCUUCUGCUGAUGACUUCUUACCAACACUCAUAUAUAUUGUUUUGAAGGGAAACCCACCCCGUCUGCAGUCCAACAUCCAGUAUAUAACCCGCUUCUGUAAUCCAAGCAGGUUAAUGACUGGAGAGGAUGGCUACUAUUUUACCAAUCUGUGCUGUGCUGUGGCCUUCAUUGAAAAGCUGGACGCUCAAUCUUUAAAUCUAAGCCAGGAGGAUUUUGAUCGCUACAUGUCGGGCCAAACGUCUCCAAAGAAACAAGAAUCUGAAAACUGGUCAUCUGAUGUGUGCCUAGGUGUUAAACAGAUGUAUAAAAACUUAGACCUCCUCUCUCAAUUGAAUGAGAGACAGGAAAGAAUUGUCAGUGAAGCCAAGAAGCUUGAGAAAGACCUUAUAGAUUGGACUGACGGAAUUACUAAGGAAGUCCAAGAUAUUGUUGAAAAAUAUCCAUUGGAAAUAAAUCCAAAAAAUCAACCCUUAGCAGCUAUUGACUCUGAAAACGUAGAGAAUGACAAAUUGCCCCCACCACUGCAGCCUCAGGUUUAUGCUGGAUGAUAAUUUACCAGGAAAGUAUUAACUUCAAAAGGAAUUCUUACACACCUAUUACUGUUUGCUGCUUGGAAAGGGGAAUAAGUUUGAGGCUAAAAAAUCAAAUGAGUUUAAAUCAGUACAUUUUUAAAGGUACAAUUAUUUUGUUUAGAGUGUAAUAAAUUGUAUUUAUUUUAGUCAAAGUAGGUUUCUAUUAGGCUUUUGUGGUUUUUUGAACUGAAUUUAAAUUUUCUACACAAAGCCAAUGUAAUUUUUAAGCAACACUAGUCCAUUGACAACUUUUUCCUGAAAGCUUCCUUCUAGGCAUGCACUUAUGUGUUUUUAAAUAAUGAGUUUAAUUUAAAUUAAAGAAGAAAAAGAUUAGCAGUACUUCUUGAAUAAUGCAAGGUUGGGCGUUCUAGCAGAAACUCAAAGGUACCAGUGUUCCAGAGUCUGAAUUUAUUCUAUAGUUGUAAUGAUGAAAGAUAUAGUGUAAAAUAACUAUGUAGAAUUGUAAAUAGGUUUAAAAAAGUAAUGUUUCAACUGUGCAUGGCACCGUGUGUAUUAGUACAAAAUGAUAUAUAAAAAUGUCCAUUUUUAGCACCUUUUAUUUAGUUCAAUAUUAACUUCACAGUAUAUAAGGAAGUACGCCAUUAAUGUAUUUUAGCAAGCUGGGUGAUGCAACAGAAUGAACUGCAGAUUUGAAAGCUUGACAGAACUAUAUCGUAGUAUUCAUAGCUUUUAAGCUCCUUCUUUAUAAUAACUCUUGGGAUCUGAAAAUGGAAAUAUUUUUUCAUCUUAACAUUUUCCUCCAUUUUUGUCAGUACACUGGUGGUCUGUUGGGUUGCAGGUAGGUGCUGGUGUUGCUUAUUUCUAAGAAGAGAAAGCAUUGAAGCAGGUUUUGGAAGGAGAGGAAAAUGGCAGACUUGGAACAUGUGGUGAUAGUUGUGGGGGAAAUGGCUCAAAUGCUCAGCUAACAGUGACUUACUCCCUUUCCUAAUACAGUGAGUUUGUAUUGUUUAGCCAUUUCUCACUGAUGGGUUGGGCCUUGACCACUUCCCCCGCCCCUUUCCCCCCUCCACAAUCCAGGCAUGCAUCAUAUGAACAUGUUUUAGAGGCUGCUUUAUUAAGAGCAUGACUCUGCUAUGAGCAAGAAAGAGUACAUUUAUUUUUACAAAAUUGCACUAUUCCAGGCUUUAGUGAUUUUUUUUUUGAGUGCUGAAAGUGAACAAGUUAAUCAAGGUUAAUACAGUUCACUUCACAAAAGCUUUACAUCACUGUGUACUGUAUUUCAUGUGAAAAAUAACCCGGUAGUCCACUCCACAAAAUAUGUAACCAUUUGCAGAUUUUUUUAUACUCCAGUGAAACAUUUUAUAUAUCAUUUUAAAUAUCUUCCAGUUAAUUUAGUCUGCCAUGGCUUGUAUGUGUACCUGUGAUAUUUAAUGCUUUUCAGAGAGACUUUCCUUAGCUUGGCUAAGGGCUGUUCUUAAGCAACAUUAAAAAAUUUUCCAUCAAGGGGAGGGUACCUAUCUCUUCAUUGUAUUCAAUUGCUUUAAAAAUACUGAUACUUCAAAAUUUGCACUGCAAUAAUUUCAGACCAAAACUGUGACUUGUCCUAUUUUUAAUUCUCAAAUUGCUGUGUUUAACGGUUUGAACUAUGCAUUCCUAGUGUUUUAAAGGUAACUAAUUACCCACAUUUCCCUGCAGAGAUGCAGCAGUGAGUCAGUUGAUCACAAGAAAUUACUCUGAGUAGUUACUGUAUGUUGAUGAGACUCUGCUCCUAGACUGUUUAAGACCUGAUCAAUGCUUGUAGUGAGUGUUUAUUUUCUCUAUAUACAUUAGGUGCUAAUUCUGAUAUCCAGGUACACAUUUGUCUCUUUCCUAAAACUAAAUAAAUAAAAAAAAUGUACACACCUUUUAGCUACUGCAUACUAAAUUGCUGUUAAAUAAAAAUAUGUGCAUUA